GUUUUGUUAUAAUAUUAUAGUUAUAUUAUUAUAGUUAUGAGUUAUCUAACGUGACUGUCUGCCACCUCCAGACAACCACCAUCGUCACUAAGUGUUUUAACUUUUAACUUAAAAUAAUAAAAUAAUUAUGAACAUUUGACAUUAUUGCUGUUUCAUUUUCAAGUAGUAUUGUAUCAUAUUAUUUUUUUUGUUCAAAUCAACGAGCUAAAUUCGACUACUGAACGUGCUGUCUCAAUCACCAACAUAAUGAAUACUUGGAUUCAAAGUUGAUAAGUUACACAAAGCACAAAUGACUGGUGGAGAAUAUGGGUUCUCAGUUUUGGGACAUAUUGCGUCAGGGCAUUUGGGCAUCAUUCACAGGAGGAUGGUACUACGAACCAAAACACAGCAUUUUCACCAACACAUUCCAUCUUUAUUUAUGGCUCAUUUUACUUUGUUUACCAUUUUUUAUACACUUGUAUAUAUCAGAGAUGUUUAUAUGGGUACUGUAUUCAAGUAUUGUAAGUUUGUUAAUCACAAUCAUAAAACUUGUAAAUUGGUCUCUGCAUCAUAUGUUCGACACAACCGAAUAUAUUGUAGAAGACACCAAAAAGAAUAGAAGUUCAGAAAUUGAAGGUCGUCGUCCUGCCCUCAGAGAACCAAACAAAGAAGAUGAGGGUAUUGAAAUGCAGAUUCUUAAUUUGGGUGUCCGUAGAAAUGAACCUUCAACAUCUGGAUACCAUCGAAAUGAACCAAAUGGAGGAAGACAAAGUAGUUCUACUAGCACUGAUUCUGGAUUACAUAUCCAAGAAAAAAUUAUAUGUGAUUGGCCUAUUAAAAGUUUAAACAAUCCACAUUUUGUUGAUAAACCAGUAGAAGAAAAUAGUAAUAGACGUUAUGAUCGUGCAGGUUUACAAAGCUUUUCAGAAAUAUGGAAAUAUCAAGAUGAACGGGGUCAAGAUUUCAUUACAGUAUCUACUGAUUGCUUCACAAAUGAAAGUAAUACAUUAGCAUUAAAGAGAGAUCCAAAGUGUGCUAGUUCAGACUAUUCUACAUCUAGUGAUGCGUUUACCAAAGAUAAAGAUGUAGGAAGAACAUCUAGUUACCAACUUGUUUUUACAUCAAGUGAUAUUGACUACCCAAUUGUUGAACAUUGUGAAGAUCAGUGUUCUAGUCAUGGAAUAAUACAUACAACAAUUGAUAGCGAUGAUGAUGAAGAAGCUGGUAGUAGAUCACCUUUAUUAAAUAGUCAUGAAGAAAAUUGGAAAAAAAUAUGUGCUGAAGUUAAAGGAAUUUUCCAUACCGAAAGUGAUAUUGAAAUUGCAUUUAUAGAAAAAAAUAAACCUAAAGAAGUCGAAUUAAAACCUCCAGUGGAAUCACCAGAAACAUUAGGUAUUGAUUGGUUAUUUGAGCAUACAGAAAGUGAAUCAGAGUCUAGUGAUAUAAAAGGAAAUAAAUCUGAAUCAAAAGAUGGAAGUAAAGAAGAAAUUCAAGCUCCAAUUUCAGUUGGAUUUGAAAACACAGGCGCUAUACCAAAAACAAAAUCUAUUAAAGAUGUAAAAAAAUCAAAUAAAAAAAGAAAAGCCACGUCAACUCCUCAUUUAAGUGUUAAAAACGAUUCAGAUAGAAAAAGACAUCGUAGAACUAAUAAAAAUAAAUCUAAUGAAUCUAGAAGAUGUAUGUGUGACAAGAUUAAAAGUGAUAUGGAUUGUGGUACAGAAUCUAAAAGUUAUCCUACAGUUACUGAUGAAUGGAUUGACAAUAACACUCUGAGUAGACCUGAUGCAAUGACUACAUUAAAUGUAAACGAAGGUGCUUCUUCCUCUGCUGGUUCCCAUAAUGAACUAAGUUCCCUUCUUCCCACAAGUUCUGAACCAGCUAUCACUCCAUCAAGCGAAUCACAGCAACAGAAUCAAACUUUGACAACUGUGAAAAAUGAAGUUGUUUUAGAUCAUAUUAGUGAUGUUUUUCAUGGUCGGGUAGAAAAUAGAAGUAGAAUGAGAAAUCGACAAGUUAGCAAUAGAAAUUUUCGCCGAAUGAGAUCUCGUGAAGCAUAUAGUUCUCCGUUUCUACAAGCAGCUGAUGGUGUUAAUUUUUCUGCUUGUCCUGAAGAUACAUCUGAAGGAUCUGUACAUUUUUUUCGCGAUGAAAAUGGUCAUUGGAUGACUUAUACUUUUAGAGAUAUGUUAAAUAAUAAUUCUUCAAUAAUUAAACCAUUCCCAAAUUUACCAUCAACAUCACGAAGGGAUGACUCAUCAGAUGAUCUUGUUUUUAAUCAUUCACCUGUAAGAUUGUUUCCCCGUCCCAUUCGUAAUUAUGAACAACAAAUAGAACACGAAGAUCCUUACUGGCCACAAAGUCAACCACAGCGUUACCGUCACUUCAACAUUUCGCCAAUAAUUACACCGGUUGAAGAAAGCUUGGAACACGAACAUGAAAAUAACAGACCAGAUUAUCAAGAUGAAUUCCCAGUAAUACCACGGCAGCUGCGAUUUGAUCUUCUUGAUCCUAGUGUUGGAUUUCCUAAACCUAAACGAUACUAUCCGUACACACCAGUGAAAAAAAUGUGUUUCAAAGUUCGCUUUGAUCGUCUGGCAUUAUUAACUGCCAUUGAUCGUAACCCAACAUUAUUGGAGCUAAUUAUUACAAUUAUUCUCGCUACAUCAGUUGCUGUAUUGGGUGCUUUUGUAUUGUACUUUAAAUUCUACAGAGAUAUUCAUGCAUUUGUUUUCUGUUUUGUUAUGGCUGGCUGUCAGUAUUCCUUAGUGAAAUCUGUACAACCUGAUGUGGCAUCUCCUACACAUGGUUUUAACAAAAUUGUUGUGUAUAGUCGUCCAGUUUACUUCAUAUUGUUUUCAUCCAUACUACUACUAACACACAUUCAAUUAAACUCUGGCCGAACAUUUUACCAGCUGAAAUUCUAUGGAUUCACAUUGCAUAUUUUGUAUAUAUUAGAAACUAUUCGAGAUUUCUUAUCAAACUUUUUACUAUUUUUACCAAUUGCUUUUAGUUUGGGAUUAUUGCCUCAGGUUAAUACUUUUUUUAUGUAUACUCUGGAACAAAUUGAUAUUCAUUUAUUCGGAGGUAAUGCAACCAGUUCACUUAAGGCAUCUGCAUAUUGUGUAUUGAGAAGUUGUUUUGCUGUAUCUAUUUUAUUUGGAUUUGCAUAUGUGGCAUUAAAUGAUUGGUCUGGAUCAUCAAGAAAUAUAUUUUUCUCCAUAUUUUGUGCAUUACUCACUGCCAUAUCUUACCAUUUAAGUCGCAGCUCCAGUGAUCCAGCUCCUAUAUUAAAUGUUCUAAAAACAUAUUUAUGGCCCAAUGAAGAUAUAUUUUCUAGACCUGAUAUGGAAUGCCCUAGACCUAAAAAGGAAACUGAAAAAUCAAAGAAAAAGGGCUCUGAACAAAAAGAAGGCGAAUGUGAAGAACAAACAAAGUCUGAAUUAGAUGAAGAAAUUGAAAUCCAAGACAAUUGGCCAAAACAGUUACAAGAUACAAUAAAUGCAAGACUGAAGACUGAUUUAAUUUUUUGUCCAAUUAUUGGUCUAAUUGUAUUUGCUAUUCAUUCUAGUAAUAUUUUUUCAGCUUUACAACCAGAAUUAAAUCCAGUAAUGUGGUGUACAACUUUCAGUAUUGGAUUUAUUCUACACUAUAUAAUACCUCAAUUGCGAAAGCAGUUACCUUGGUUGUGCGUUGCUCAUCCUAUAUUAAAGCCAUCUGAAUAUAAUCAAUAUGAAGUUAAACAAUUGGCUAAAAUCAUGUGGUUUGAAAAAGUUUAUGUAUAUUUAUGCUUCUUUGAAAGAAAUGUUCUUUAUCCACUAAUGUUUAUUGGUUGUUUGACAUCUGACAGCAUAAUUGUUGUAACAAAAUUGGGAGUUCUAUUAGGUUCUUUGGUAUUAUCAGUAUGCGCACUUAAAUGUUUACGCUGCUCGUUUUCACAACAAUCCAACCAGUAUAAUAUUCUAGCAUUUGCAGUACUGUUUUUUCAAUUGGACUAUGUAAAAUGUUCUGAAACUUUUAUUAUUGACUACUACCUUACAGCUAUUGCCUAUGAUAAAAUCUAUGAAUUUUUACUUAAGUUGCAAUUUGUUAUAACAUACAUAGCACCAUGGCAAAUUACUUGGGGUUCAGCGUUCCAUGCUUUUGCUCAACCAUUUUCUGUUCCUCAUUCUGCAAUGAUGUUUCUUCAAGCAUUUUUGUCUGCAGUGGUUUCUUCACCACUUUAUCCAUUUUUAGGAAGUGCUAUAUUUUUAACAUCCUAUCCACGGCCUGUUAAGUUUUGGGAGCGAGAUUAUAAUACCAGACGAGUUGAUCAUACAAACACCAAAUUAUCAUCUCAUUUAGAACGAAAUCUUGGUGCAGAUGACAAUAAUCUUAAUUCAAUAUUUUAUGAACACCUUACUAGACUACUACAACAUACCCUCUGUGGUGAUCUCAUAUUAGGCCGUUGGGGCAAUGUGUCACAAGGAGACUGCUUUGUCUUAGCAUCUGAUUAUUUGAAUUGUCUGGUUCACAUUGUUGAAAUGGGAAAUAAUUUAGUUACUUUUCAAAUGCGUGGACUUGAGUUUCGUGGUACUUAUUGUCAGCAAAGAGAAGUGGAAGCUAUAUCUGAAGGUGUUGAAGAUAAUGAAGGAUGUUGUUGCUGUGAGCCUGGACAUUUUCCUCACAUUUUGUCUUUAAACGCUGCUCUUGGUCAACGUUGGCUUGCCUGGCAAGUAGUAGCAGCCAAGUAUGUUGUACAAGGAUAUAGUAUAUCAGACAUUAAUGCCUCAUCAAUGUUGCAAGUAUUUGAUUUCCGGAAAGUGUUGGUUAGCUAUUACAUAAAGAGUAUUAUAUAUUAUGCUAUACGAUCACCAAAACUUCAACAAUGGUUAGCAUCAGAUGAGAUAAAAGAAGGACUAAAACCAACAUUGAACAGGAGUUUUGUAGAUCUUGACCCAGUAUUUAAUAUAAAUAUUGAUGAAGAUUUUGACGUGAUUUCAUGUGGUGUUACUCGCAACAGUUUUUGUUCAUUCUAUUUGGAGUGGAUACGAUUUUGUGCUUUCCAAACAGAAAAUAUUCGAAAAAUUGUUAUAGAUAAAGGUAAAGAUUCUUUAUUAGUAUCAUUAUGCUUUGCACUCAGCUUACUGGGAAGACGAUCACUGGGUUUAGCAUCACAUACUACCAUGUCAAGUGUCGAGUUUUUUCUCUAUGGUCUCCACGCCCUCUUUAAAGGAGAUUUCCGUAUAACAUCAACAAGAGAUGAAUGGAUAUUUGUAGAUAUGGACUUGAUGCGCAAAGUAUUAGCUCCAGCAAUUAGGAUGUCAUUGAAACUUCAUCAGAAUCAUUUUAUGGUUCCUGAUGAAUAUGAAGAUCCAGCUGCUUUGUAUAACACUUUAAACUACCUUCAACAAAAUUUAGUGAUAUCACAUGAAGGAGAUCCUGUUUGGAGAAAUGCUGUUUUGUCUGGAAUGCCAUCAUUACUCGCUUUAAGACAUAUAAUGGAUGAAGGUUCUGAUGAGUAUAAAGUAAUUAUGUUAAACAAGCGGUUUUUAAGUUUCCGUGUCAUAAAAAUAAACCGCGAAUGUGUUCGUGGACUUUGGGCAGGGCAACAACAGGAAUUAGUUUACCUGAGAAAUCGUAAUCCUGAACGUGGUAGUAUUCAAAAUGCUAAACAAGCUCUACGAAACAUAAUAAAUUCAUCGUGUGACCAACCUAUUGGUUAUCCAAUUUUUGUUUCACCAUUAACUACUUCCUAUGCUGAGACCAACGAACAAUUAUCAUCGCUUGUUGGCGGAUCAAUAAGCUUGGGAAAGAUAAAAAAAUCUAUUAUUAGAGUGUGGUCAAGAUUAAAAAGUAGAUGUGUUGAGGGAUGUUCUAGUGGAAGUUCAUUACAGUCACAUGAUGAAGGUGGAUUCGGACAUGAGGGUGUGUACGCUAUGACACAAUUUAAUAGGCAUUCUGGAUAUGGAACCAGAACACCAGGAAGCCAGUCAAUUGAAAUGAGUGGCAGUGGAAGUGGAGUUGGUGGUAGCAUCAGCAGCAGAAGUGGUGGUACUAGAGGUAGUACAGCUAAUGUUGCUGGCAAACCAAGUUCUGCCGGUUUGGCCAACUUGGCAGGAUUGUUAUCAUCAUCACAGUCACCAAUCACCAGUUCACCACAAGCAUCUGUCGAUAGCAACCCUAAUGACAAUUCUCCGAUCCAACACAGAGUUUUGAUUCUGGAUCCAUUACAAGUAUAUGAUGCUAUAAACUUGGGUCGUAGAAUAGAUGUGGUUUGGCCAGAUGAAAAAAUGCGAUUAAGAGGCGGUCGUAGUCACUGGAAAGAUUGGUUACCAGAAAAAGGAAUGGAAGGAUUGGUUGUGCAUCAAUGGGUUCCAAAUCACCGUGACUUGUCAAAGAGAUCUCACGUUGAUAAAACUAUAUUACUGAUCAAGAUUGAUGAACGUUACGUGCCUAUAGCCGAAGCUGGUGUAUUAGAUCUAGGAGCUGAAGUUUGAACAUAUGUGGUGUAUGGCUAACAUUAUUUGACUGAUUUAUUUCGGAAGUAACUUUAAAACACAAAUGUUACAAGUACACAUGCUUGAUAAUAUAGCAUUAGUCUUCCUCGAUACUAUAAAAAAAGUAUUCUGUCUUGUUAACGUACAAGUGUAUAUUGUGUCCUGCCAUAAUUUUCUCAGGAAAAAAACACUCGUACAAUUUUUGCAAUAGUUAAGAAUCUGUUUCAUGUAAUUUUUUAUUUUUAUUGUUUUUUAUAUAUAUACAUAUACAUAUAUAUAUAUAUAUAUAUAUAUACCUAUAUUUAUUUUGUUUUGUAAAUAAUAGAUGAAAAUGAUGUAA